AUGUCCGUCAUCCUUGCUUCGGCGGGCUACGACCACACCAUCAGAUUUUGGGAAGCACUUACUGGAGUCUGUUCCAGAACUAUACAGCAUGGCGAUUCCCAGGUCAACAGGCUGGAAAUCACGUCUGACAAAAAAUUCCUCGCUGCUGCUGGCAAGUCCAAAGUCCGUUUGUACGAUAUCCGUUCCUCCAACCCAAACCCAGUUACCUCUUUUGAUGGCCACACAAACAACGUGACGUCCAUUGCGUUUCAAAUCGAAAACAAAUGGAUGUGCUCAUCCAGCGAAGACGGGACUGUCAAGGUCUGGGAUGUACGGUCUCCCAGCGUCCAACGAAAUUACAAACAUAACUGUCCCGUUAAUGAGGUUGUGAUACACCCAAACCAGGGAGAACUCAUCAGCUGUGACCAGAAUGGAAAUGUGCGGGUCUGGGACCUGGGCGAGAACAAAUGCACUCACCAGCUUAUUCCGGAGGACGACGUGUCGAUUCAGUCCAUCAGCUGUGCAUCAGAUGGGUCAAUGCUGGUGGCAGGUAAUAACAAGGGAAAUUGCUAUGUGUGGGAGAUGAAAAGUAACGAAGAUCAAACACUGCUUAGACCAGUCAACAAGUUCAAGUCGCAUUCAAAAUAUAUCACUAGAGUUUUAAUAUCGUCCGACUGCAAGCAUCUAGCAACGUGUUCAGCGGACCACACUACUCGCAUAUGGUCUACAGAGAAUUUCUCGCUCGAAACGACGCUCAGAGGCCAUCAGAGAUGGGUCUGGGACUGUGCGUUCAGUGCCGACAGUGCAUAUUUGGUGACUGCAUGUUCAGACCACUACGUGAGACUAUGGGAUCUGAGCACCAGUGAGACUGUCAGACAGUACAAUGGUCACAACAAGGGUGUGAUAUGUGUGGCACUGAACGAUGUGUAA